AUGCAAAACAGUGAAACAACUGCAGGACAGCCACAGUAUGGACAGAGGAUGAUUUUUACAGGUCCAGAUGGAAUCGGAGACUAUAGGCCAAGAUCCAAUUACUUUACCCGGUACAUCGGUGUGGGUGCCACAUCACCUGAGGCCACAGGUGACCUCAGUUACCUGUGCCGAGCUCCACCAGAUGCCCUCCCACCCAUUCCCAGGCAGAGCUAUGUGGGGGAGGUGGGCUGGGGAUGGCAAUAUAACCAGCUGUUAAACAGUGGGACGCUGCUCAGCAAUAUGCAAAUUAAGAAAACAGACAUACGGGCAUCGUUGGAGAACAGAGUCACUCAAAAGUUUCAGAGCACAAAGUAA